ACUUUAUUAUCUACUUGCAAUUAUGGCGCACUUGUGAUUUGUACUUUUAACCCGUGAUAAGUUGAAAAAGAUAGUGUUUGUUAAAAUUUAUGUGCUCAUAAAGAAUUGUUAUACAAUACACUAACACUUGCACUCUCGCGUUGACGACAGAAUCGCACCAGUUCGCGGUUUUCUCGAUUUUUAAUUUCAUUAUAAUUAGUAUUAUGACCACGACCAAUUCGCUCAUUGUUACGAUCUAUUGUUAUAAAUUAUAACAGUUAGUUGAGUGACAUUGUCGUUUUACUAAUUUUACGAUAUAGUUGAUAAAUUAUCGCUUCUAAAACGGAGGUCCCAAGUAAGUUUGCGGCAGAAAAUGAUGGUUGUCGCUGUACAUCAGAAACUGGACACACAGACAACGUAUGUGGUCAUUAUCGGGCAGACUCGGUUAAAAUCGAAGACCAAGAUACUCACUCGGAACAAAUAGCAAUGGAAAAUUUCUUGUCAAAUACUAGUUCAGUUUUUGGUUUGGGUCAUGUUACCAAUAUUAUGAAAUUUCAUAAGACAUAUUUUGAAACAUUUCUUGGGCUGCAGGAACUUAUUAUAUAUGGAGAAGGACCUUUACCUAUUCAGUAUCGUCAUUAUAUUGCUAUUAUGGCUGCAGGCCGACAUAAGUGUACAUAUCUUAUCAAUUUUCAUAAAAAACAAUUUUUGGAACAUGAUGGUGAUCCAAAUUGGUUGAAUGGACUGGCUCAUGUUCCAAGAAAACUCCGUAAUCUGUAUGAAAUAAACAAAAUAUUGGCACAUAGACCAUGGCUAAUAAGUAAAGAAGAUAUUAAGAAAGUUGUUAAAGGUCCUCACUCUUGGUCUAUGUCAGAUUUGGCUCAUGCAAUUAUAUUACUUGUGCACUUUCAUAGUCUAUGUAGUUUUGUUUUUGCAUGUAAUUUAAAUGAUGAGAUACCAAAAGCUCCAAAAGUAGCUAAUUAUAGACGAAGUAGCAAGGCAUGUUUUCCUGAUUCUACUGAAGACUUCUCUGAUGAUGAAGGCCUUGAACCUAUCAUGGAAAGAAUGAAAAAGUUAAGUGAUGUUUUACCAGCUUCUGAACAAGAACGUAUACAACGUUAUGAACUCUUGCAAAGUCAAUUGUGUGAAAGUGAUACUUCUUCAGAUAAUAGUUUAGAUUCAAGUGUAAGGCCUUUUGUUGAAGACUCUGGAUAUACAUAUUUAGAUUGCUCACGUCGACAGUUUGCUCAACAAUCAUUAUUCAUAUUGCAGGAAUUUUCAUGGGACCAUCAUGGAUUUUCAUUAAUAAACCGUUUGUUUAAUGACAUUGGAUUAUUAUUAGAUAAGAAAUUCAAGACUGCAUAUAAUAUGACAUAUUACACAAUGGGGGGUCGUCAUGAUAUUGAUACUACAAGGUUUCGCAGAGCAAUUUGGAACUAUAUUUAUUGCAUCUAUGGAAUGAGAAAUGAUGAUUAUGAUUAUGAAGAAGUAACACAACUUCUCACUAAUCCUCUUAGGGUAUUUGUUAAAACAGCAGCAUGCUAUCCAGAAAGGUUAAAUGUAUCACAUUCUGAUAAUGCUUUGAAGCAUUUUGAUAUAAGUGAAAAGAUUCAUAUAAAUCUUAUGAUAAUGGAAGCACGGAUGCAAUCAGAAUUGUUGUAUAUCUUGCGUGCUGUCAUGAACUACAUGUUAUAAUCAUAAUCACAACGAACCUAACUAUGUUUUAAACUGAUUUUAUAUUAUAUCAUUUUUUAUUGUUGUAAUUUCUCAAUGUGUUUCAAUAUUGGUUAUAUGAUUUUUGUUUUUAAUUAUUAGUAUAUAUAUAUAUAUGAUUUUUUUUUUUUUUGCGUAAAGACUCAAUUUUAAAGUGUUCAAUAUGUUUGCUUAUUUAUUAAUAUUUAUUAUUGUUGAUUUUAUUAUUGAUUUUUUAAUUGUGAAUUAAGUUUAUUGUGAUAUUACAGAACUUAUAUUGAAAAUUUACCUUUUUAAAACAGAUGUAUAUUUUAAAUUCUAUAUUGUUGAUAACAUAUUUUUGACUUUGAAAACCAAUAUUUUUAUACUACUUUAUUUUUAAAUUUUAAUCAUUAGUUGUGUAACAAAGUUUUUGUUGUUUUAACUUAAUAUUUUUUAUUUAUAAUUAUUGUUUUUGUUUGGAUAUAUAUUUGACCAGUAUAAAUUACUAAGAACUGAUAAUCAAACACAAGAAGUUACCCAAAAAUAUAUAUUUAGUUAAGGCAGUACAAAAUUAACUUGUGAAUUCAGACUUGAACAAUUAUUUCAUUAAAUGAUAAUAAAUGUGUUAUGCAAAUAAUUAAAGCUUUAUAUUUUAUUGGUUA